AUGAUGAAAAUACUGUGGUUGCUAGGAACAUUGGCCACCGUUUACGGUGUCGAAUUCGAAAUUUACAACUACGAUGGAGGAGACGUAUGGAUUGGAAUCCAAGGAUCCGACGGCUCAGAAAAUCUUAAAAACGGAGGAUUCAUUCUAGGAUCCGGUCAAAGCGUGUCGAUUGUGGCAUCAAACAAUUGGAGAGGCAAAUUCUGGGGUCGCACCUGGUGCGACGAUAGCUCAGGAAGAUGCUUGACAGGCGACUGCGGUAAAUUGGAAUGCAACGGUGCGUCAGGAGAAGCUCCAGUCACAAUUGCUGAAAUCAACUUGUUAACUAGCUCCAACGAAGACACUUACAAAGUGUCCCUGAGCAACGGUUUCAACACCUUAGCUUCGGUGGAGCCAGUUCGUGGAGUUGGAGACUGUCAGAAGGCGAAAUGUGACUAUCAUAUUAACAACGAUUGUCCUGACAGUUUGAAAGUGGAUACUGAACAUGGAAUAAUUGCUUGCAGAGUUUCAUCAGAUGAGGAGCAAUACUUCAGGGAUCGUUGUGGAGAUGCGUACUUUUCCAAAGAAUACAAAUGCAAAGCUAGUAAAUAUAUUGUAACCAUAGGUGGUUAAAAAUAAAUUACUUCAAUUGUC